AUGGCUUCGAGUACAGGAUUUCCCCAGCUUCCAUGGGUUACCAGCGAUAUCAUUCAACAAGUCCAUGGACUUCCUAUCUGGGGUAUCAUAUUAUCCAUAUCGAUGCUUCUAGUGUUGCACUAUGCUAUUUACGCAGUCUACAACAUUACAUUUCAUCCGCUUGCAAAAUACCCCGGACCGAAAGUGGCAGCCAUGACCCGCCUACUGUAUUCCUCUCGCCUACUUUCCGGCAGGCUGGUCGAGUUUCUCCACCAGACACAUGAAAAGUACGGAGCAGUAGUGCGAGUGGCCCCUAACGAAGUCCUUUUCACGUCAAGCCAGGCCUGGAACGACAUCUACAACGUUCGGCAUGGCGAGCCGGAGAUGAGCAAAGAUACACCAUUAUACCAAGGCCUAGGAGGAGCUCCUACGAUCGCCGAAGCAGGGCACGACCUUCAUCGCCGGUAUCGACGUCUACUCUCGAAAGGGUUCUCGGAAGGUGCCUUACGGGAGCAGGAGCCUUUGAUACAGCAGAAGGUCGACGUGUUAAUCAAACAGCUUCAUGCCGAGGCAGCAAGUGGCGUUGCACCGGAGAUGACAUCGUGGUUCAAUUUCUUCACUUUUGACCUGAUUGGAGAGCUUACCUUUGGCGAAUCUUUCAAAUGUCUGGAGAACGCGCGGUUCCACUCGUGGAUACUCAUGGUCACUCAGUCGAUCAAGUUCAGAAGCUUUAUUCAGGCACUAGGAUACUAUCCAUUACUAUUCAAACUCUUCAUGCGAUUGAUCCCAAAGUCCUACCGGGAAGCAUUCAGGAACCAUCAAAAACUCACAUCUGAGAAUGUUCAACGUCGAAUGGAAAAGAAAGUCGACUACACCGACCUAUCCUCGAAUAUAAUAGAUCCAAAGCACAAUCUCGAAAGGUAUGAGAUCGACGGUAACUGCGCUGUACUUGUCGUAGCCGGUAGUGAAACCACGACUGCUGCCCUUAGUUCCACGUUGUACUAUCUGACCCAAAACCCCGAAGCAAAAGUAAAGGUGGCCAAGGAGGUCCGAAGCUCCUUCUCCAGUGCAGACGAGAUUAAUGCCAUCAGCGUCAACCAGCUCAAAUAUCUACCGGCGUGCUUCACUGAAGCGAUGCGAAAACUCCCUCCCGCACCAGGCGUGUUUACCCGCCGUGUCCCAAAGGAGGGGGCCUAUAUCGCCGGAAACUGGAUUCCGGGCGGCACGCACGUCGGCAUGUGCCAUUUCGCUACGAAUAACUCGAGCUUCAACUUCAAGGAUCCCCAGGAAUAUAUCCCCGAGAGGUGGUUGGGUGAUCCGAAGUACGAGGAUGAUCGUCGCGCUGCAAUGCAGGUGUUCAGCGUCGGGCCGCGGAAUUGCAUCGGGCAGAACCUUGCCAGGUUGGAGCUGCGCCUUUUGUUAUCUCGUUUUAUAUGGGAGUUUGACUGGGAGCUAGACCCUGCCUCGGUGGAUUGGGACAAGGAUGUGUCGGUCUAUCUUAGUUGGGGUAUGAAGCCACUGAGGUUUCGUCUUACGCCUGUGGCUCACUAG